GCGUCUGUCCUCAUUCUGCCGCAUUAAAGUAACUCGAUAAUUUUGAAGAAUAAACUUCUAAAAUUAAAGCUUCGCUCACAACGUUUGCGCCUAAUCUAAUACCGAGAACCAACAGAAUCACAUUACUUUUACGAUUGUAUUUAAUGAUUUCAUAAUAUUUACGAAAUAUGGGACUCGAAGGGACUGCAUAUCGACAUCGCGCCUUCGCCUGCAUCGUAAAUUGUGCAACGGUACAGAAACAUACAAAAAACAAUGGACAGGAAAAACGCGGUCGAAUCUCACUAUUUAAUAUCGAGCGUUAACAAACGUAUUAUUACUUACCUUCAUAUCGGUAAUAAUCUGUUGAAAGAGGCCACCCAAAGCACUACACUCUCUCUCAAUUGUUGCAUCCAUCUUUGACGGUAUGAAAUUGUUUUGUUAGUUGGCCUCAAUAAAGUUCUUCCGCAUCAGAAUUGUUGGAAAGUUCACUUCUUGUCAUCUGUGCAUGGAUAUACGGAGUUGCCGUAGGAAUACUGGCGAUUCGUGUAAUUCGCCAUUUUCAGUAACAGGGAACGACAAUUUUAAAGUAACACGCAACGAGACACGAUAAAGUAUAUCUACAUAAACUGGACUCUCACGUACGCCACGACGAUCCUUUUAACCGAGCUGAUUAGAAAUGCGAGGGAUCGCUAUCGAUGUUUCACAACCGCUUAGGAGGAUUUGAAAUCAUAACAUUGAUUAGUUCCACGAAGAAAGAUUGUAAACACGAGGGAACAGGUUUAUCGAAACAACGCACUUAUCGCGACGAUCAAGUAUGGCUCGCGUCUGCGUUGAUUCUGUUUUCGUUGUAAUAUCUGGAUAUCCGUGGGUGCCCCCCUACGGCGACCCCGUUACAGAACUUCAAAUUGAGGAUUCGGAGUGUAUCUAAUCGUUACUCAGGGUAAGGGUUCUCUCUCUUUCUCUCUCUCCCUCUCUCCUUCUCUCCCCCUUUCUCUUUCUCUACCCCUUCGCCAAUCACUUCCGGAGUGUCGACUGUUGAAAGAGGACAUCCUGCAUCAUUGCUCGCUUAUUCUGAUUGGUUAUUCGAUACAGCUAUGGGGAAAUAUUUGGCACAUACAUUGUAAAUAGUUUUUAAUAAUGAAUCUCGAAGGAAAAAUGUAGGUUUUUCUUAGUUGAAACAUUUUACAUUUGUAAUGUUCCUACUGUAUUCUAAAAUACUGUGAAAUACAUUAUUGUUUGGUAUACUGUUAAAUAAAAUAAUUAUACACCACUCUCCUACUUUUUGUGAUAUGUUGCGGAAAACAGCAUUCCCAUCUAUGAUACGACGUUCUGUGCCGGCGGUCUUUCUUCAAUUUAAAAUUUUACUUGGAAUCUCAAAUAAGUUGGAAAAAGGAAGUAUUAAUCUGAAAGUGACAAUUAUGAGCCUUGUAUUGAGAUAUAACGAAUCGUUCUAUGAUAUAAUAUGGCAAUGUUUUAUAAAAUUGCUUGAAGUUAUGCCGAGCGUUUUAAAAUUUAUCACGGCGACUGGAACUGUUGCGGUUACUUCAUAUGCGUUUUAUCGUGUUUAUGUUACAGCGCGUCCGUUUAAAAAAUUCAAACAUGAUGUAAAACACAAUAAGACAAUAGGAUUAGAGGAAAUUCGAAAUUAUAAUCGUUCUGUCAUUAGGCAGCGAAGCAUAAUUAGUCACAAAGAAUUGUUCCAUAAACUGGAAUAUGCAGCUGACAACUGUUAUGAUAAAGUUUGUGCAUUAAAAUGCAUUGAUAUAUCUGUAUAUUGUCCACAAUUGUUAAAUGUAAAGUCUUCAGUUAAUGGCUUAACACCCUUUCAUCGAGUUUGUUACAAUGGACAUGCAUGCUUAAUAACUUUUAUGUUGGGAAAAGGUGCAGAUCCAUUUAUAACUACAGUAGCAGGGGAAAAUGCUUUAUGUAUGGCUGUUCACUAUUAUCUCAAUAAUCCAUCCAAUAAUGAUUUUUCAUGUCUUACAAUGCUACAAGAAACAGGAUGCAAAUUUGGUAUUAAAAACAAAUGGUAUAAGAUUUUAUUAAAGAUGGCAGUUCAUAAAAAUCAUACCAAAUUAAUACAAUGGUUGAUUUUAAAUCAAGAAGCCCCAUUACGUAAAAUUUCCAGAUGUUGUUCCAGUCCACCAAUAAUAAAUAAUUACAAACUUCAUUAGUGUCGUAAAAAUAU